AUGGCUUACUCUCAGCUGGGAUACUCCUACUGCACCACCCCGCAGUUUCUGAUGACCUCCGGUUCUCUGGCCGGUUGUCUGGAGCAAGGCUCGCCUCCGUCACACCCGGUGCUGCGCUCCCCGGGCGCGCACCAGCUGACCUCCGCCACCGGCAUCGGAGUGUACAGCGGGACUUACCCGAAGAGCCAAGGCUACUACAACACUUGCGGCAGCGACGCCACCGCCCUGUACCCCCGAGGGCCACUCGAUCCCAAAGACGGAGCUGCAUCUGUUGGGACGUCUCAGACUCCUGCAUACUACCCCUACGACUAUACGUUUGGACAAUAUCCUUACGACAGAUAUGGGUAUUCCUGCUCUGACGGCGCUUCCCGUCGUAAAAAUGCCACCCGGGAGACCACCAGCACCCUGAAGGCCUGGCUGCAGGAGCACCAGAAGAACCCCUACCCCACCAAGGGGGAGAAGAUCAUGCUGGCCAUCAUCACCCGGAUGACCCUCACACAGGUGUCUACAUGGUUUGCCAAUGCACGCCGGAGGCUAAAGAAGGAAAACAAGGUGACGUGGUCACCGCGGGCUUGCAAGAACUCCGACGAUCGGGGCUGCGACGAUGACAGCGACGAAGCCGAGAAGCCCCUCAAAGACAUCAAAGACCUUCCCGAUCAACAGGACCUGCAGAGCGACCUGGAGGACUUCGACCUGCUGGAUUCGGACGGUUCCGACUGCGAACCGAAGCGACGGUUUCUACCCGAGGACGGUGAGGCGCACAACCUGGACUCGCUUCACGGAAAAGAGAGGUUGUCUCCAGACUGCCCCAAACUCACGCCGGUCAAACGGCAGUCCGACGGCUUCUAUCCUCACCCGGACCCUCGGAGCACGGACGCCAAGCCGAAGAUUUGGUCCAUCGCUCACACCGCCGCGUCUCUGGACGGCAGCUCGCCGCCAGAAUACCCUCCGUGCAUGCUGUCGUCGUCGACGGGGUCCCCCUCCCCCGGGUACCCGUCAAAUAUGGCGCUGACCAAGGCCGACCGGGAACGGGAGUCACCGGUCGCCACGCUCCGAGAAUGGGUGGACGGAGUUUUCCACGGUCUUCCUUUCCAACAGCCCAAACCGGUCGAGGCGUGGAAAGGCUUAACUGACGCCGCGGUAGACGGCAGAUCCCUGGGACAGCCCUUCGAACUCGUGAGGUCAUCUUUGUAG